AGGAAGUCUGCUGUGCUGUUUUGAAAAGGUGUGAGCAGAGGGUCAUGGGCGAGUCUGGCCAUGUGGAAUGAGUGAGAGGGAUCUGGACUCAAUAGAGUUCUGCUUUAAGGGAUGAGAGGAGGAAGAUCAGAUCACCUAAUGGUCAGCACACAUGCCUGAUUCAGGUUCACCUUAAAGUUCACAUUCAUUGUGCAAUUAUCUAUCCUCCGUUCUCUGGCUUCUCCAGCUGAGUGGCUGCCCAUGUUCCCCAAGCUUCAUUAUUUCAGCUAAACUGCGGGUAUGCUCCAGUGCUGAGCUCCGCCACUUAACCGUACCAUGACCAGUCUAAAGCGUUCACAGACCGAACGCUCUGUGGGUGGCUCUGUUCCCGCCACAGAUGAGUUUUAUACUCGCCGUCUACGCUUGCCCAAUGGAGGCGCGCCACCCCCUCGCAGUGAAAGCACGCACUUGACUGGCACACCUGGGGUUCCCAAAAUGGGCGUCCGAGCAAGGGUUGCUGACUGGCCCCCCAGGAAAGAUGGCGGCAGUGGAGGAAGUGGAGGAAGUGGAGGAAGUGGAGGAGGGGGUGGAAAUGGAGGUGGGGUAUGGCACAUUACAGUGGAGACGGAUUCCCCUUCCACCACCACAGGAAGUGCCCAGAGCAACUUGUCAAGCAAGCUCGGUCACCUGAUCAGCCCUCAGGACUCAUCCAUGCUACGGAACAUUCACAACACUCUGAAGAACAAGAUGCAUAGCAAAGGCAAAGACAAUCGCUUCCUCUCACCUGAUGGGUAUCUCGGGUCUCCCCGGAAGGGUAUGCGGCGUAUACGGCAGCGCAGCAACAGUGACAUCACCAUAAGUGAACUGGACGGUGAUGGUAGCGAAGGCUGGUCUUUCUCAGGAUGGACGCCCAUGCAUCGAGAGUACGGCAGUACCUCAUCUAUCGACAAGCAUGGUGUGUCCGGCGAAAGCUUCUUUGACAUGCUCAAAGGCUAUCAGACUGAUGCUCCGGACCAGCGCAGCCCUGCCCCUGAAAAGUUAAGCGAAUUGUUGACAGUAGCUCAUAAACAAACUGCCCUCGACUUGCCCGAUGGACCUCUUGGUCCUCCUCGUGGCAGUCCUGCCAGUCGCCUGAAAGAAAGAGAAAAACACAUGAAGAGACGUUCAAAGUCAGAGACAGGUGGAGAGUCAAUAUUCCGCAAGCUACGUAGCGUCAAAGCCGAAGGUGAUUCGUCACGUGCGGGUUCCGACGCGGAAGACGGAAAGGCUGAUGACGUGGUUCCUCCUCCUAAACCAUGGGUCUGCCAGAAAGGUUUUGCUCACUUUGAUGUUCAGAGUAUUCUGUUUGACCUGAACGAGGCUGUGCAGAGUAGGCAAAGCGCUGUGAAGCGGAAAAACACCACCACUGGUGCCUCAGCUGCAGCCGCAGCCUCGGCCUCCAAUACGUCUUCUCUCUCGUCCACACAAAGCGGGGCUUAUGGCUCCCCUUGUGGAAGCCAGGAAGAGCUCAACAUCAAGGACGGGCCUUCUCUAGACUCAGGGGAUGACAAGAGCAACGAUUUGGUCCUCAGCUGCCCUUGUUUCCGGAAUGAAAUUGGUGGUGAAGGAGAGAGGAACAUCAGCCCUUCCAAACAGGGCAGUAUCGGCAGUGGUGCCUCUAGCUCUUCCAGAGAUGAAGAAGGAUCCCCUGAAAGAGCUCCCAACACACAUUUUAGCAAUGCAGGGGUGGCUGUUCUUGAAGCCCCUAAGGAUGGCAAGAGUCUCCAUCAUGAUCGUGGAAAGAACAACAUACUAGAACAUGUGGACUUGGGUGCUUAUUAUUACAGGAAGUACUUCUAUUUGAGAGAGCACUGGAACUACUUGGGUGUCGAUGAGACUCUGGGACCGGUAGCUGUCAGUAUUCGUCGGGAAAUUGAUGAUCACAAAGAGCACGGCCAGCAAUACAACUACAGAAUCAUCUUCAGAACCAGUGGGUUAACAACCUUACGGGGCUCUAUUUUGGAGGAUGCUGUGCCCUCCACGAAGCACGGCUUGGCUCGAGGCCUGCCUCUAAAGGAGGUGUUGGAGUACCUUGUACCUGAGCUCAAUGCCCACUGCCUCCGUCUCGCCCUCAACACACCAAAGGUCACAGAGCAGCUGAUGAAACUGGACGAACAGGGGCUUAGUUUCCAGCUGAAGGUGGGAAUCAUGUACUGUCAGGCCGGCCAGAGCAGCGAGGAGGAGAUGUACAAUAAUGAGGCAGCAGGUCCCGCCCUAGAAGAGUUCCUGCAGUUGCUGGGGGAAAGGGUGCGCCUUAAGGGUUUUUCCAAGUACCGUGCCCAACUGGACACUAAAACGGACUCUACCGGAACACAUUCUUUGUACACAGCUUUUAAAGACUAUGAGAUCAUGUUCCAUGUGUCUACAAUGCUGCCCUACACGCCCAAUAACAAACAGCAGCUGUUAAGGAAAAGACACAUCGGAAAUGACAUUGUCACCAUCGUGUUUCAAGAGCCUGGAGCAAAGCCCUUUAGUCCCAAGAACAUCCGCUCACACUUUCAGCAUGUCUUUGUGGUUGUACGAGCGCACAACCCGUGCUCCGACAACACCUGCUACAGGUGAGUGGAUUGGACAU